AUGCGCCUCUUCCGCGGGCCGAAGCGCAGGGAAGUGACCGGGCCAAGAGCCGUCGCAACGCCGUCUCCGCGCCGAGACGCCGCCUCUGUGGACGGAGCUACCAUCACGCCGCAACUUACACCAGAUUUCACACUUGUCACCGCUCUGCCAGCCAUGGUUAUGGAGGAUGAUGUCAAGGAGAUGAAAAAAGUGUUUGCUACGUGGGGACGUCGCAUGGGAAAAAAACUUGAUAUGCUAAAGAAACCAGAAACAAAAGAAACAACCCAAGUAACACCUUAUACAUCAAAUGAUGAAAUGAAUGACUUAAAAGAAGAUACAACAGUUGUUAUGAUAGGACAGUAUAAGAAAAAACAACACUGGAAAAUGGGACGAAGCAGUUCUGAUUCUACAUCUUUGAAAAAAGAUAAUGACGCAGAUUCUAUUAAAAGCGGCUCUAGGGAUAGAUCUCCCAGCCCAUUUAAAUCGUUUUUUCAUAGAAUGGGAUCAACUGGUAUGCUAAAUUCAGCGAAAUCACAAUCUCUGAAUAUGAGCAAAUCGUCUAAUAACUACACAAUAGCUACUAACUCUAAUCUAUAUCGUAGUUGUUCAACUUCACAUCUUUCUACGUAUGUAAAAGCUGAUGAUCCAUCAGAUGACAUAGAUUUACAAAACGAAGAAAAUGAAAAUAAGAACUCGCCUACAAAGCAGAAUAAUGCCCUACCUGAAGAAAGUUUGGUAACAUCAUCAACCAAGGCCGUCAGUUGUGACAAUAUUAAUAACUUAAAUGAUAACCAAACUAACAAUGGUGCCUCUAAAAAACCUAAUUUUCCAUAUGCUUUCUUGCGUUCAAAAUUAUCAGUUUUGCCGGAAGAAAAUAUCAUAGCUUCACAACAGCGGACCAGUUCUAUGCGAUUGAGUUUAUCUGAGAGAAUAGAUAGAAAAUCACCUAAAUUCCGAAGAGAAAAAAAUUACCUUACAAAUUCACGAUCUGAAGAACGAUAUCAAAGUAGUGAUAGUAUAUCCAUUCUCAAUGAUAAUAUGCACCUUAACAGUGCAUUAAGAAAAGAUUAUGACUUUUCAAGAACUUCUAUGAGAAGUGUCAAUGACACAGAUGGCAAUUUUUAUCCUGUAGGGCGAGUGGAUGAUGUGCCUAGAAGAGCGUCGAUGAUAUCACAAAAGACACCUCUUGAUUAUGAUCCUAUGCUUAUACCACGAAACAGAAAUAGUUUACCAGUAUACGAAUAUAGUUCUGUACUUGGGUCAAUGCGAGAUAUCAAAACUGAAUUCACAUCAUCUAUGCAAAGUAUUCAUCAUGGACUUGAAAAUGCUGAAGUACAAACCCAUCGCCUAAGCAAUUACGUGAGUUCUAACGAAUCUGGUUAUGAUAGUGAUGGUCGCCCUACGGAUGAACAUAGCAAUCAGUCUCCGCCAGGUUACUCAACUCACUUUAGCAACGUGUCAAUUCACAGAGAUCCUAUAAUCUGUGAAGAAAAGGCAGGGAAUUUUUCCAGGCAAUUCAGUUUGAACCAUAAAAUUAAUAUUUCACAAGUUCAAGUACCAAUUCGACGUAGUUCUACCCCUUGUGCACUUUUUCCUGUAGAAAACUCAAAUUCCUAUGAAUAUCAAAAUGAAAGUAGAGAAAAUAUAAGUAACUAUUCUGCCGACAGUCAAAAACAUACAAUAUUUGAUCAUCUUGAUUCUAAACCACCUCCACUUCCAAAGAAAACAAUUAACAAAAAACCUCCUUUUGUAUACAAAACUAUAACAUUAGAUGAACGAGUACAGACUAGAAAAGUUAAGCUUUUACAUUCUCAAAUAAUUCCCACUGAACAUUCAUCAACUUAUAAUUCAAAUAGCAUACAUAUAGAGUCUCAGUCUCAAAUGCAACCGAUCCCUGGAAACGAUAUUUUUGGUAGAGGACCCUGCACUAAGCGUUUCAGGAAAAUUAGACUUUUAAAAUCGAGAUUAGAUGAAAGUCUUGGUGUUUAUCUUGCACAACAUAGAGUCGACUUUGAUAGUACUGGUUCAAACUAUGAAGUUAGAUAUAUUGUAGUUAAGUUGGAUUUUGAAGGGAUAGCUCACAGAGAUGGUAGGUUAAGAAUAGGUGAUGAAAUAGUAAAUGUGAAUGGAACGGUUUUGCGAGGAUUGUCUUCAUUAAAAGAAGUUCAGCAUGUAGUUAAUUCUUGUUCAACGGAGGCUACUCUUGAAGAUGGGACAUUAUUUCAGAGAUAUCAAGUUGAUCUUGUAAUGGCACAUGACGAAGUCACUCCUAUAACGCUGAGUCGAAUUAUAAACAGUCAACCUAUAGAACAGAAUAAUGGUAUAUUGCCAACAUCAAAUGUUCCUCCAGAUAUAAUAUCGCAAACUGUCCAUAAACCCGCGCCUUUAAAUCAAAUUACAAUAGAAACUCAUUUUCCUGCCGACAAUCAAUUUCACAUGAAUAAUACAACCAAAGAACGUUUAAAUGAAAAUAUUAGUUAUGAACAUAGUAGCAGUAGAACUGAUCUUUGUCAGAAAUGUGAAGUCGGAAUUCAUGUUAAUAAUGAUCAAACGCAAUCCAAUCCAAAGAGUGACGAUGAAAAAUUGCUUGAAAGACAUUGUUACACUCAAUCUUCAUCGUUGCAGAAUAUAACGAAUAUAGAAAUAUCGUUACAAUCUUCACCAACUGCAAAAUCAAACAAUCAAGGUAAUAAUUAUAGACCAAUAUCAUUCCAUAAUUCUCGCCCACCAGCCGCUCCUGCAACAUAUGCUGUUUACAAUGAUAAUACCACGAAUGAAAUUAAAGAAAAUUUCUCCCAUUACAUAAAAAAUGUUCCAAGAUUGUAUCAAAACAGGUCAUUUGAGAGCAUCCCAGAACAAUUAAGAAAUAGCAGCCGGAGCAGAUUUUUUAACAGAGUUGGAUCACAGCGUUGCCCUACAAAUCCUGGCCCACAUAUGUCAAGGCUGCAACAUCAUACUUCUGGAACAAAUAACCAAGUUCACCAACAGCAUGGAGGUCACUAUGCACAUAGUUCGAUACAUAAAGUUGAAUUUUGGAAGGGCCCAGGACAUAAAAGUCUUGGUUUUAGUAUUGUAGGUGGAAUUGAUUCACCAAAAGGACAUAUGGGUAUAUUCGUUAAAACAGUUUUUCCAAACGGUCAAGCAGCUGACCGAAGUACUAUUUUUGAAGGUGACGAGAUCUUGUCAGUGAACAAUGUGCCAACACGUGGACUGAGUCAUUCUGGGGCUAUAUCGCUUUUCAAGCAAGUAAAAGAAGGAAAACUUGAACUGACGCUUUCAAGAAGAAGAGCAUCCAGGUCAAGAUCUGUGGAACCUCUGGCCAAGUUUCGUAGUGAUGCUAAAAGGAAUUAA